UUCCGCUAUGUAAUAAUAUCAUUCGUCUUUAAUAGUUAUUUAAAUAAGUGAAAGUGUUAAAAAUGUGCGAUGGCUGUGCAGGGCCGUUUUUGUACUUAUUUGGGAUCAAGCAGUUCUCAAUAUGGGUGUUUCUGAACAUGAUCGUCGCCGAAGCCUGGAGGUCCAGCUACCUUUUCUGGGUGUUCCCGCUCCUCAUAGUCCUGGUGAUCCUCGCCGUGCUCGGGAUUUUCACAGUUCUGCUCGGCAUCAGGCUAUACGCACAACUGACCUGUGGCCGCUACCGCGGUAAAGCCAGGAUGGACGGCAAGACGGUCAUCGUGACUGGUUGCACCAGCGGCAUUGGCCGGGAAACGGCCAAGGAGUUGGCCAAACGAGGGGCCACUGUCAUCAUGGCUUGUCGGAAUAUUGAAGCAGCGGAGAAGGUUAAAGAGAAAAUCAUCGAUGCCACAAAGAACUCCAAAGUUGAAGUGAAGAAGCUGGACCUCAGCUCUUUCUCUUCCAUCCGCGCUUUCGCCGAAGACAUCAACAAAAACGUCCAAAAACUGGACGUUCUCAUCCACAACGCUGGUUACGCCGAAACCUUCAAGAGGGACAAGUCUCAAGAUGACAUCGAACUGACCAUGGCCACGAAUCAUUAUGGUCCUUUUUUGCUAACACAUCUACUCAUUGAUUUGUUAAAGAAAAGCGCUCCAUCAAGGAUUAUCGUCGUUGCUUCUUCCUUGUACCGUUUAGCUACGUUUAACCUUGAAAACCCUAACCCAACUUCAACUUUACCAGGAUAUCUUUACUAUGCUUCAAAAGAAGCAAACAUCCUCUUCACCAAAGAACUUUCCAGACGUUUAGAAGGUACAGGAGUUACAGCCAACUGUCUCCAUCCUGGCAUGAUCGACAGUGGAAUCUGGAGGUCUGUCCCCGCGCCUCUAAGCUGGGGUCUCUGGGCUAUUAACAAAUGCUUCUUCAAGACUCCGUUCCAGGGUUGUCAGACGUCAGUGAUGUUGGCUGUGGAUGAGCAGCUUGAGAAGGUCACUGGGAAGUAUUAUUCGGACUGUGCUGAGAGCGCGUUGUCGGAAUCUGUGUCUGAUCCUCAGAGGGCGAGGAAGUUGUGGGAAGUGUCCGAGAAGAUGGUAAAACUUGAGGAGAGUGAUCCGAAGAUUGAAGCUGGAGUGCAGCAGUAAGAGGAAAUUUUAAAAACACUCCCAAAAUAAGGCAUUAUCGUGAUCUUUCACGUAAUGUCAUUGGGAAUUUUUGACUCAAUUUUCUUUGGAAAAUAUAACUGCAAAGAUUGUGACUCCGGCACACUCUUUUGGAUUGUGUAUCAUUGAAUUGACCAAUGGAUGUUCAAUAUGAUAUCAGUCAAAUACAAUCAUGGCUACUGGUCACAUGGCGACCACACCGUUCUUUUGAUGUCCGACACAUUUUAAGGACUCUUCUUGUCUUUGUUCAAUUUGUUAUUUGAACUCUAUACGAUAUGUGUUAAACAUUUCUAUGAAUUUAAUUUUAUGUCCAAAGCUUCACACCGUUAUUAGAUUGCUCAAAUAGCUUUUUUAUGUGAAAUAUUUAUAUUUUAACCUUGGACGACUAAAAUUAGUCUUUUGUCUAAAAAAAGUACAAUAUUAUAGAAGUUUCAUUACAUGUUAUAAGCAUUAAUUUUCAAUACUUGACCAAGCAAAAUUAGGUACAAUUACGCUAAGUUUGUAAUAAGUAAUAAGAUAAUAACUUAUUUUUGGAAGUAUUUUAUUUACAUUAAGGUGUUUUAUUUUUGCAAUAAACGUUUUUA